CAAAAAAAAAAAAAACGGAGCAGCUUGGUUUGGGUGUUCGGCUGCCCGAGAGUCAAGGCUAGAACCAGCCCCGCUAUAUCUACCGCUACACUGUUUCCAACUUUCACUGCCAAGUGCCAAUAUAUUCAUUUCAUCGCCGAAGCUUAAACCCAAACCCACCGCAACAACAACCAAAAAAAAAAAAAAAUGGCUUCUGGAGAUCCAAAAAUCCUAGAAGGAGAGCCUCCAUCUUCGUCCACUGACAGCUGGAAAGAGCGCAUCUUCAUCCCUACUCUCCUAGCAGGGAUUGUUGGUGGAGGAGUUGGGUUGGUGUCAAAGCAUCGAAACGUUCAUGGUCUAGCAAAGAUUUGUGUUACUUAUGCUACUAAUCUGGCCAUUGUUACCGGUUGCUAUUGCGGAGCACGUGAAUUUGUGAGAGCAGCUAGGAAAACAGGACCUAAUGAUCUAUUGAGCUCUGCAAUUGCGGGUUUCGGAACUGGUGCUCUUCUUGGGCGUCUUCAAGGUGGUCGACCUGGUGCUAUCCGUUACUCUAUCAUCUUUGCUAUUGCGGGGACUGCAGCAGAUUUUACUGCGGUUAAACUAGAACCUGCCUUGAGAAAUUACAGUGAAUCUAUAUUGGGUAAUGACAGUACACAGAAGAAGGAUGGCUGGUUGAAAUUCCCGGAGUGGUCCCCCAUCCAAGUACUUGAUGAGGAAGCCAUUGCUGCAAAACAAGCCCGGGAACAACAGCUCUAUGCGCAGAGGGCAAUUGGCAAACUAAACAAAGAAGAAUCUUGAAAAUAUCUUAUCUUGUACCUUGAACUCUUAUAUUUUAAUAAUAAUGUUUUUGGUGCCUGUCUUCCAGCCCUUUCGAAA